AUGGCGUCUUUUAGCAGAGCCUCCUGGUGGCUUCAUAGCCAAAAAGCCAGUGGAUUAGCGACACCCAUCAACAAUGAAGAAUUUCAAGAAGAAGACAUUUGUGGUUGUAAUAAUAAUAAUAUUGUUAACGAGAAAAAUCAACUCCGUUCCAAGUUCAUUAUCAGUUUGUCCUUAUCUGGUCUUUUUACUUCAUGUUUUCUCUUGAUCCGAAGGUCUUUAGUGGUCAUAGAUGAUGGCGAUCCAUUCGCCGAGGCCAAGGGCCCAGGAUCACCGGGCCCCAAGGCCUCGGGUUCCACGGGCCUUGAGUUCCCAACAACUUUUGAUCCAUUUGCGGAGGCUAAGGAGGUAGGUGCCCCUGGAGCUAAGGAGUAUGUGCGUAUUCGCAUACAACAAAGGAAUAAUAGGAAAAGCGUGACGACGAUCCAAGGGUUGAAGAAGGAGUUUAGUUACGAAAAAAUACUUAAAGUCCUCAAGAAAGAGUUUUGUUGCAAUGGCAAUGUUGUGCAGGACAAGGAGCUCGGGAAGGUGAUACAGUUACAGGGCGAUCAACGAAAGAAUGUUACACAGUUCCUUUUGAAUGCUGAUAUUGUUAAGAAGGAACAAAUCAAGAUUCAUGGUUUCUAAAUUUAGACAUAUAGUAUUAUAGUAGUUGGGUUUUGAUUGUGCUAGUUGUAUCUUUUGUUUUGUAGACUUGAACACCUCAUGAGAUCUUAUCAUGUGGUUCUUUUUGACAAA